AUGGUGACUCCCAAGCUCUUCCGUGUUGCUGUCCUGCUUCUCCUCAGCCUUGGAGACAAUGGAACCUCAGGAAUUCCAAGGGUGGGAGCUGCCACCAGGACUCUUCCCUGGCAGAAACACUCUGAGGAAUCUCUUUCCUACCUGAAGUGGGUCCCCUUUGACGGGCACCUGCCUUCCGACGCCGUGUCCAACUGGAACGGCCACACAAAGCGCAUGGAGUAUGUCUGUGCCCUCGCUGAACCACACUGUGACGCUGGCGCCUACGACCCCUCACAAGGGCCGUUCUGCUUCUACACCCACUCUGAGCGAGAGCUGAAAGCCUCCAACUUCAACCUGCUGAUCAAUGUUGGAGGCUUUGAGGCCUUGGCUUGGGUCAAUGAGUCCUUUGGGUUCAUCCCAGAGAACGCGGUGGAGGCCUGUCCCAGUGUUGACCUCUUCAUUGGGCGCAGCAAGGAUGGGCUGGGGAAGGUGUCCAAGGAGCUGCGCGCGCUCUUUGUGCUGGUGGAUGGGCAGGAGGUGUGGUACAAGUGGUACCAAGUGCUGGUGGUCAAGAAGGGCUUGGGUGAUGUCACCAUCACCGAUGUGCACUACAACCUCAGUGCGGCCAUGGAGCAGCAGGAGAACAUCAUCCUGAGCAAGGCCACCAUGACCAACCAGGGCUGUGCUGCGGCCACCAGAGAGGUCACCCUAGAGGAGGCCACCGAGACAGAGCACAACUGGGACAUGGACCAACGUGUCUUCGCCACUGUGCGGGGAGUGCUCCAAGUGCCUCUCCUGGUCUACACGGGGACAGAGUGGGAGGUCACCAACGUCACCACCACCGUGCCCUGGGUGGGGGCAGCCACCACCAGCCGCUACGAGCUCCAAGCCCACACGCUGCGGGAGGAGGUGCCCGCGGCCACCACCUGCGACGUGGCCCUGGUGGGACGUCGGGUGGACAUCCAUGUGCCCUUCCAGGCAUGGCUGACGCGGUCCCUGGGCGAUGGCCAUGUGCACCGCGUGGCCGUGACGGGGUGGGCACGCAGGCAGGGGGUCCUGGGGGUCCACGCCAGGCUUGAGAGCUGCCGCGACCUCCCCAAGGGCAACCCGUGCCUAGCCUAG